AUGGGUGGAUAUCUACAAUACACUUUUUAUGAGUUUGCAACAUUAGGUUGGAUUGAAGAAACAGUCAGACCUCUAGUUCAGGGUAUAACACAAGCUAUCGUCAACGCACAUGAUAAUAUACAGAAUGGAUCACUUGCGUUAUCGCAAGGUGAGCUGUUAAAUACCAACAUUAACAGAUCACCACAAUCAUACUUGUUGAACCCAAUUGAGAAACGAUCACGGUAUAAAUAUGAUGUGGAUAAAAAUAUGACAGUACUGAGCUUUAGAAAUGAAAACUACGACGGUUUGGGUUUUAUAAGCUGGUUUGCUGUUCAUGGAGUUUCUGUAAAUAACACAAAUCGUCUGGUGAACGGCGACAAUAAAGGAUACGCUGCCUAUUUGGCUGAGAAGAUGAUGAAUGGGAAUAAUGGUUACAGAAACAACUUCAAACAGCGCUUUAUCGCAGCAUUUGCACAAAGUAAUGAAGGAGAUGUAAGCCCUAAUACGCUUGGAACUUACUGCACGGGAACAGAUACACCUUGUGAUGGAACUCGCGAUACAAAAUGCCCAAAUAAUAGCCAGUGCGUUGGAAGAGGGCCAGGGUGGAAAAUAAGUGAUUUGGAGUCAAACAGAAUCAUUGGACAGAAUCAAGCUUUUAGAGCUAUGGAAUUAUAUAAUGCUCGAAAGGCAGAAGUAAAAGUCGAGGGGCCUUUAGGCUAUAUACAUCGAUACUGGAAUAUAACAAAGUCUUCAUUAGUUCAAUGGUUAAAUACUGCUGGUACGACAGAUGGUCCCGCUUUAAAUGGUUUUUACCAAAAUACAACAAGUGGGACGUUUGGAUGGAAUAUCAUCAAGGACAUAGUGCAAAAGCCAUCAGAAUGGCAAAAGAAAUGUCAGGCUCCGAAGCCUAUCUUGCUUGAUACAGGAGAAAUUGAGAUCAAGCACCCUUGGCAGCCUGAAAUCUUGGAUAUACAGUUAUUUCGUUUGGGUAAUGUGUUCAUUUAUGCAGUUCCCUCGGAGUUCACAACAAUGAGCGGAAGAAUCCUGAGAGAAUCAAUCAAGGAUUCGUUGAUAGAACAUGGCCUUGGCAACAACGAUACUAUUGUUAUUCACUCUGGACCUGCUAAUGGAUAUGCAUCCUAUUGCACAACUUUUGAAGAGUACCAACAUCAACGGUAUGAAGGAGCGUCGACACCGUAUGGGCCGUAUACUUUGCAGGCAUAUGUUGAUGCUUUCAAAGACCUAGUGUAUAUGAUGGCCAACCCCAAUAAUAGUCGCAGUAAUGUUUCUGAGACACUUCCUGAUUAUACAAAGAAAGGAUUCAAUUUUACACCUCGUUAUAGGUCUGAUCAGCCACCUUUUUUCAAGAAAUUUGGCGAUGUUAUUAAGGAUAUCUCAGCAACAUAUUACAGUAAAAGCUUACUGACGUAUCCUUACGUUAUAUCAGCAGUCUUCGUUGCUGGAAACCCUCGAAAUGAUCCGAUGCUUGAAGGCACUUUUUUAACUGUUGAAAAAAAGAUUGCGAACGAUCAAUGGGAAAUUAUUCGUACAGAUAAUGACUAUGAUACACGGUUUAUAUGGAAAUACAAAUAUCAAUUGCUGGGAAUUUCAGAAGCCACAGUUGAAUGGCAUAUUAACCAGGAUAUUGAACCCGGUAUCUAUCGUUUGGGAUAUAGAGGAAACAGUAGAUCAUCCUUUCAAGAGUAA